UGCAGCGGUGCAACAGUGAUGAGCUUGACUAACUGUAUAAAAACCCAUAAAAUUGUCCGUAUUAAAAAAAAAAAAAAGAAAUAAAAAAAUUUGCUAAGUAGUUCAUAAUAGUAAAUGUAAAAGAGGCGAGCAAAUAGACAGACUCGACAAGGCGAACAAUUGUUGGCAGGCGGAAAACAGCUAGCACAACGAAAUUGCAACAAACACACAAAACAAGGCGAGCAAUAAGUGCAACAACAAAUACGACUGCAACUGAUUGUGACUGACAAUUGUUUAUCAGCACGACAAAAGUUGCUUAUUUGCAUGCUUAAGCACAGCCGUUGCCCAACUGAUUUCACUAAGUGUUGUUUUUUUCAACGUGUUUAAAAAUUUUCAAAUUGAGCGAGUGCAUGAAAAGCGGUCGAUAAAUUAGCAGCGUAACUGUGGAAAAUUUAAAUAUUUAAGUGCUGCUAAUAGAGCCGGACAAUAACAAGAGUAAGAGCGUAAAUAAGUUUAGCGAAAAUUCGUGCGCGACGCGCCGUGCCUUUGAGUGGCGUUAGGGACGCCGCGGAGCACGCACCGCUAGCAAGCGACUGACUCACAGCCAACGGCGAACGCGCUGGCGCUGGCGCAGCUCAGCUCAGUACAUUUCAGAUCACAACGCUUCAGUUUGGUUCAGUUCAGCUCAGCUAUGCUUGGUGCGCGCUCCACUCGUGUGCGUUUCAAGCUCACGCGCGCUUGUCAAACCGUUAGCCUAGUUCGAUGGCUUAGCGCUUAGAUAACGUUCACGUAGAAAUAAAAAUAAGACUCAGAAUCGAGGUGUUGCGAAUACCGUUACUUUACGCUAUUUUUGGACUGUGCGCGCUAUCGUCUCAGUGUUCUAAUCGGCUCCAACGGCGUGUCAAUGUUCGCGCCGUGCAAAGCGCCUUGGUGUCGCCUUGCCAUUUGGCUAAUAGUCGGUGUUAUUGUGUUGCUGCUGUUACUAGUGCUCAUCGCUCUGGCCAUCUUCGGCAGUCACCCGUGCGCAGGCGCUCUAGAUGGCUGCGACGCGUUCAAAGCGAUUUGCGCUUCAUAUAACGGCGAUCAUCAGUUCUUCUACAGCCACUGUGAUAUGCUGCGCGAGAAUUGCCUGACCGGCAGCGAUUGGCAACGCGAUCACUACAAUCACUGCAAUGUAAAUCAUUAGUUCAAACUGAGUCUUCGAUUCACAUAAAAAUAAGUUGAGUAGUAGUUAGCUGAAAUAUGUUAAUUGAUAAUUAUGACAAAAUACCAAUGUGCUCAUUCCAAAGACUACAUUCUGUUUAAGCGAGAAUUUUUAAUUCGAUAUUCUGUUCUACAAUAAUUUAAGUUAUUAUAUUUAUAAUUAUUUACAAAAAUA